AAAAUUCUUCUUCCAUCCUCUUUCUUCAGAUUCAAUGUGGUCGAGAUUGAGUUUCCGCAUUGCUCAUCUCGGACGUAGGACGUUUGCAGUACACUCAGCUCUUCCCGAAAAAAAUUGUGCCUCUAUCACUCCUCCAUACACCAGACUCAUCAAAAACAUCGAACUUGUUCGGAAUAUACUAAAGCAACCGUUGACAUUGGCGGAGAAGAUUUUAUACAGUCAUUUGACUGAUCCUGUAAAUGGAUUGAGCGGUGCAGGCAAGACAGUGAGAGGCGAAGUAUAUUUGCAGUUACACCCAGAGAGGGUUGCAAUGCAGGAUGCCAGUGCACAGAUGGCGCUUUUGCAGUUUAUGAGCGCAGGCCUUGAACGAUGUGCCGUUCCCACAAGCAUACACUGCGACCAUCUCAUACAAGCAUCACAAGGAGCAAAUAGAGACCUAAAGCACUCGAUAGAGAGUAACAAGGAGGUCUUUGAUUUCCUCGAGAGUGCAGCUCGCAAGUACGGAAUAGAAUUUUGGCGUCCGGGAUCUGGAAUUAUUCAUCAAAUUGUUUUGGAGAAUUAUGCUGCUCCGGGGAUGCUCAUGUUGGGUACAGACUCUCAUACACCUAAUGCUGGUGGUCUCGGCAUGCUCGCCAUUGGGGUUGGUGGUGCCGAUGCUGUAGAUGCAAUGACCGGUACACCUUGGGAGCUCAAAGCACCCCGAAUUAUUGGAGUCCACCUUACCGGGAAAUUAUCUGGUUGGGCAACACCUAAGGAUUUGAUCUUACACCUUGCGGGUAAACUUACGGUCAAGGGAGGAACGGGGUGUAUUCUCGAAUAUUAUGGACCAGGGGUUGCUAGUCAAUCCUGCACAGGAUUGGCCACAAUUGCCAACAUGGGAGCCGAGGUUGGGGCUACAACCUCCACAUUCCCAUACACAUCCAACAUGCAGGCGUACCUUCAUGCUACUGGUAGAGGCCCCGUUGCACGUGCAGCAGAUGAGGCCGCUGCGAGAGGCUUUUUGAGUGCCGACGAAGAUGCUAAAUACGACGAGGUCAUCGAGAUAAACCUAUCUGAAUUGGAACCAAUGGUAAACGGACCCUUCACACCUGAUCUUUCUACCCCACUCUCCAAGUUUGGAGCAUUCAUCACAGAGCGAGGGUGGAAAGAUGAAUUGUCCGCCGGUUUGAUUGGCUCAUGCACCAACAGUUCAUACGAAGACAUGACCAGCGUUGCAGAUUUGGCGCGACAGGCUAAGGCAGCAGGCUUAAAAACACAGGCUCCCUUCUAUUGCACUCCCGGAUCAGAACAAAUACGUGCCACCAUGGAGCGCGACGGUGUUACGUCAACCCUUGAAGACGUCGGCGCUGUUGUUUUGGCCAAUGCGUGUGGCCCAUGCAUUGGACAGUGGAAGCGAGAGGACAAGAAAGGCGAGGAAAACGCUAUCCUCACCAGCUUUAACCGGAACUUCAAAUCCCGCAAUGAUGGUAAUCGGUAUACGAUGAACUUCCUUGCAUCGCCAACCAUUGUCACUGCGAUGUCUUUCUCCGGAAAGCUAUCAUUCAACCCCAUGACGGAGUCGAUUAGCCUACCCAACGGCGAGGAAUUCAAGUUUACUCCCCCUACUGGCCAAGACCUCCCGUCGAAUGGCUUCACGCCGGGAGAUACUUCGUACUAUCCAUCUCCUACCCCCGAACCUCAACCAGAAACGGAGGUGAUCAUCAAGAAGGAUUCUCAGCGGUUGGAGGUACUCGAACCGUUCCCCAGUCAUUUUGGUGAAGAUUCUGGAAACUGUACAUCAGAGUUACCCGAAAUGAAAGUCCUCAUGCGGGUGAGAGGUAAGUGCACAACAGACCACAUUUCGGCAGCGGGACCUUGGUUGAAGUAUAAAGGUCACCUUACCAACAUUUCCGAGAACUUGCUCAUUACUGCUAUGAAUGACGAAGGUGGAGAAGUGAAUGUUGCAUUCGAUCACGACUCGAAAAAAUAUGGCCAGGCUGCCACAGACACAAUACCCAACAUCGCGAAAAGAUUCAAAGAAAGGUCUCAACCUUGGGCACUAGUAGUCGAUGAAAACUACGGCGAGGGCAGUGCACGUGAACAUGCAGCCCUCCAACCUCGCUUUUAUGGUUGUGCAAUGAUCAUUUCCAGAUCGUUUGCUCGUAUCCACGAAACUAACUUGAAGAAACAAGGUGUUCUUCCUCUAUGGUUUGCAGACAAGGCGGACUACUCUAGGAUAGGUGCUGGAGAUAAGGUGAAGACACUAGGUCUUGAGGCCCUGCUUCAAGGUAAAAUGGACGCUUCCAUCAGCAUCAAGGUGACCAAGAGAGAUAGUCGAGUGUUCGAGAUACCCAUGAAACACACCAUGUCUGUUGACCAGCUCAAGUGGUUCAGGGCAGGCUCUGCUCUGAAUCACAUUCGUUCGCUGUUACGGAAGUCAGUAGGUUGA